AUGGAUUUCAUCGACAACGAAGCCGAAGGCAGCUCCUCGGAUGAUGUUCUGGUCCCAAGCUCUCAGACUGACGACAAUCCGCGAUCUCGAAAACGUCGGCGCGUUAAGGACCGCCCCCAUGACUUGUCAGAGGAUGAAGAGUAUGAUCUUCCUUCCGGUGAGACAGCGGAGGAAAUCAACAACGACGAGGAGAAUCAGCAGAACCAAAAGUCGAAAUACGAAGACCGGAUCUACGUACCUGUCUGCGGUGAUCGCCAACCAGAUACCUUCGUCACACAAUUAACUCAGCAGUGGUCGAGUCCUUCGAGAAUCAGAGGCGCACGAUGGAUGAAACCCCGUCAAGGUUUUCCUGCUCCAUCGACCACACAGAAUCCUGAUUCUUGCAUGAGAACCUCGAACCAAUCACCAGUGGUGUUCCCCCAAGAUGACGAGUUUGGUAUGGAUGACGACGACGACAUUGCUUUACUUGAGGCGCUCGAGGCCGCCACCAACGCUCCAGAGGCUGGUCAAGGAAAUGCAGGCACGCGUGAGGAUUUCCAGUCCAAUGGAGGCCCCCCUUCCCGUUCUUCGCUUCAAAGAGCGUCAUCUUUCCGCCAGACCACUUUAUAUGGGAUUCACACUAGUACCCAACAGGAGCCUCGAAGGACGCAGUUUCAAAGAACACAGACUCAAAGCAGAGCCCACAACUGGCCACUGGCAAACAAGGACGAGCCUCCUACGCAUCACAAGAUCAAUCGAGACGCGAUGAAAACCUGGGUGUAUCCGACAAACUUGGGCAGAAUCAGAGAUUAUCAGUUCAAUAUUGCUCACCGAGGCCUCUUCCACAAUCUCCUCGUUGCCCUGCCCACUGGUCUGGGGAAAACAUUUAUAGCCGCCACCAUCAUGCUGAACUGGUAUAGAUGGACAGAGAGUGCGCAGAUGGUCUUUGUGGCUCCUACCAAGCCGCUCGUGUCCCAGCAAAUCGACGCAUGUUUCCACAUAGCCGGAAUCCCACGAUCGCAAACCACGAUGCUUACAGGAGAUGUCCCACCCGCAAUCCGGGCCGAAGAAUGGCAAGAAAAGCGUGUCUUUUUCAUGACCCCCCAGACUCUAAUCAAUGACUUGAAGAACGGCAUGUGCGAUCCGAAAAAAAUUGUCCUCAUCGUAGUGGAUGAAGCACACAAAGCGACGGGAAACUACGCGUAUGUCGAAGUGGUCAAAUUCUUGAGGCGCUUCAAUCCCAGUUUCCGCGUUCUCGCAUUGACUGCUACUCCCGGAGCUACAGUCGAAGCGGUCCAGAAAGUCGUUGACGGUCUUGGGAUCGCUAGAGUCGAAAUCAGGACAGAGGAUUCUCUCGACAUUCGUGAGUUCGUCCACUCUCGCGAGACCGAAAUCGAGUUGUUCGAGAACAGCGAUGAAAUGUCGAUGGCGCUGGAGCUCUUUUCUGCCGCGGUUCAGCCUCUGGUGAAUAUUGUGGCUUCGCAGAACGCCUAUUGGGGCAAAGAUCCCCAGAGGAUCACCCUGUACGGGCUGAAGAUGGCAAUGGACAAAUGGAGGGUUUCGGAACCCGGUAGACGUGCCGAUCCCAAGCUCAAAGGUAAGGUCCAGGCAGUUUUCGCCGUGCUGAUGAGCCUGGCGCAUAACCUGGAACUCUUGAAAUACCAUGGCAUUGCACCCUUCUAUCACAAAAUGAAAGUGUUCGCCGACGAGGCUUCCGGUGGAGGAAAAUACGCAAAAAUGGUGGCGAACGACGAGAAUUUCCUGAAAAUGAUGAACAGAAUCAGGACCUGGAUCAACAAUCCCGAGUUUGUCGGGCAUCCAAAACUGUCCUAUCUGAAAACAGUCGUGUUGAACCAUUUCCUGGAUGCUGGAGAAGGACGGGGCAAUACUAACCAGCCUUCGAGCACUCGUAUCAUGGUCUUUGCACAUUAUCGCGACAGUGCAGAAGAAAUCGUGAGAGUGCUCAAUAGACAUGGUCCUAUAAUCAGGGCCCAUGUCUUUGUCGGCCAAUCUGGCACGAAAGGAUCGGAAGGGAUGGACCAGAAGACCCAAUUGGACACCAUCAAGAAGUUCAAAGCAGGAACAUACAAUACUAUUGUCGCCACUUCUAUUGGCGAGGAAGGUCUUGACAUAGGUGAGGUUGACAUGAUUGUCUGUUAUGACUGCUCCAAGUCUCCCAUUCGCAUGUUGCAGCGAAUGGGUCGUACAGGCCGGAAGAGGGCUGGCAAGAUCACGCUGCUGCUGAUGCGCGGCAAAGAGGAAGCAGAUUACCACCAAGCGAAGGACAACUACAAGAAGAUGCAGGAAAAGAUUGAAAGCGGUGAUGGCUUUAAGUUCCAUGAAGACGAGUCACCCAGGAUCGUGCCAAAGGAGAUCAGCCCAGUCGUCGACAAGCGUGUGGUGGAGAUCCCGAUCGAGAACACGCAGGACUUGCCUUUGGAGCCGAACCGACGCAGAGCAAGAAAUCUGAAGAAACCCGCGAAGAAGUUUCAUAUGCCUGAUGGAGUCGACACGGGUUUCAGCUUCUUGGGUAAUGGCAAGAAGGCAAGAGAAAAGAAGAAGGGUUCGAAAAGGAAGACUGUUGUAGAGGUCGCCUCGUUACCACCCCUCGAAGAAGUCGUCUUGACCGCAGAAGAGGAAGACCAGCUGGACCAACGAUAUGUUCGACUCGCCGGACUACAAGACGAGUUCAUCAAGUAUGUGAAUUUUGGUGCGUUUCCCGAACAGCAACGCCGCUUGGGAAAGUCAGUUGCAGUCAAGCACUCCAGAGCCACCAAAUCUCUAGUGAAAGCUUUCAAGGCCAUGCACGAACCUGGUAAGGAGUGGGAGCGCCCCUGGGAAUAUGAUGAAGUGGAGGACUUAGCGGGACCGCAGUCGAGUCUGGAGGUGGAUGGUCCCGAUAAUGCGUCCAAGAAAACGGCAAGGACCUCGCGUCCGUCGGCUCGUGGACAAAGCUCCGCUCACAAGCCUCGUGGCCCAGCAUACAAAGCUUCGACUGGCAAGAGACCACCGGCACCUGUGCGGUUACCAACCCAGAAAUCUCGACUAGCAGCCAACAUACGCUCUUCCAGCACAGGCGGAGCACCACUCAUCAGCAGUCAAUACGAUGGCAACGAUAGUUUCAUCGAUGACGAAAGUGACAGAGGCCCUGUCCAGGACGAGGUAACCUCGAGCGAGGAUGAUAUUUCCCCAUUCUUGCCAGAUCCGUUUCCUGUGCCAGAGAACAGAGUCUGCCUAUCUCAGCAAAGCCUCGAUCACGACGGACUAGACUUCCCGGACCUGGAAGCAAUUCUGGGCCAGCCCACCAAACCAGCCAUAUCAAAAACGCCGAACAUCCGCGUGUCUGUUGCGCCCAGGGGGAACCGAGCACGACGAGUCCUGGACAGUGAUGAGGACGAUGAUUAG